GAAGCCUACAACCUGACGUGGUGGCUCGGGGAUUAGCUCGCUGACCUGACGUGGUGGCUUUUUUGUCGCCUCGGUGACUCGGGGAGGACCGUGCUGGAACGGAAAGAUCAGGUUUUGGGAACGAGUUCGAAGCUGCGAAUCGCAGGGCAGGUAGGUAGGUAGGUAGAGAUCCGUUCAGAAGGGAAUGGACGGUGAGGAAGGAGGUGGUAUAAGGCUGAGCAAGAGGUUCUCCGAUAAGGGCGGAGAGGUAGACUACAAGACCAAGGCCGGCACAGCUUGGAGCCAUUCUUAUCUCAACCAGAAGCCAUGGCACCCUCUUUCCUACCCUAAUCAACGCCGCAAGUGGAUCGCUGAGCAGACCCACGCCCAGAAGCAACGCCGCGCCGAGGAUGUCUCCCGUGAGUAUGCCCAGGAGCAGGAGUUCUAUCGCCAGACUGCUCUCAUCUCCAAGAAGGAGAAAGAAAAGGUGGAAAUGAUGCAAGCUGUUAGCUUCAUGUAUGUUCGGCCUCCGGGGUACAAUGCUGAAAGUGCUAAGGCAGCGGAGAUGGCUGAUGAGAAGAAAAGAGAGGAGCUGAAUCAGCCGCCCCAAGACCCAAAUACAAAUGGAACAUCCUCUUCUAUGCCACCUGAAACCUUACGUGGUAAGGACCUAUUGAGUGGAGAGAAGAAGAAACCAAGGCCAAAAGAUGUGUUUGGGCGUCCUCUGCCAACUGAAGAAGAGUUUGAAAUUCUAAAAAAUGCUCCACGGAUGGACACAGGAGUUGCUGGUAGGGUGAAACCUUUUGGUGUUGAAGUCCGCAAUGUGAAGUGUCUAAGGUGUGGAAAUUAUGGUCACCAAAGUGGUGAUCGUGAAUGCCCAUUGAAGGACGUUAUAAUGCCUAAUGAAGAGAAUAGAUUGAAAAGGGAUGAUCCUUUGAAUGCUAUCCUUGCCCACACAGAUCCUAGUGAGCCUUUAAAGUGGGAGCUGAAGCAGAGACCAGGAAUCAGUCCUCCUCGUGGAGGAUUCAAUCCAGAUGAUCCCAACCAGCAGAUAGUUGCUGAGGACAUAUUUGAUGAGUAUGGAGGUUUUCUUGGUGGUGGUGAUAUCCCUGAGUUGUUGACUGCUUUCUCUAAGAAGCCCAAAAAGAAGUCCAAAAAAAACAAGCAUAAAAAACUGCGAUCAGUUCAUUCAGAAAAUGAAACAUCUUCAGAGGGAGAGAGGAGUUUGAUGGAGAAAAAAAUUAAGGUGAACAAAAGGAAGCAAAAUCAUUUAAAGUCAAGUUCAUCAGACACUCCAGGCUUUGAAAAGGAUCCAGAAAAUAGCAGACACAAGCAAUCUUGUCUGUCAGAAGAUUCUGAUGGUGAUAGGGAUGAUCGAAGAAGAAAAAUCAGACAAAAGCAAUUGUCUAAAGAUAUGGACUAUCCUAGGCAUAGGAGGAGUAAGAAUAGAAGACACAGGCAUUCUUUUUCAUCUGAGGAUUCUGAUCGUAAUGAGUAUUAUGGAAGUCACAAGAGGAGAAGUAAGCACUCUUAUUCUUCUGAAGAUUCGGACAGUAACAGUGAUGAUCCAAGUAGAAAGACUAGACGAAAGCAUUCCUAUUCAACUGUGAGGUCUGGUCAUACUGGACAUGACAGGAGUAAAAAGAGCAGAAAAAGGCAUUCUUAUUUGUCUGAGGAUGAUUCCGGUCCUGAUGGUUAUCAUGGAAAGCACGAGAGCAGAAACGAGCGUUCUUAUUCAUCCAAUGAUGAUUCUGACCAUCAAAGACAUUCCAGGAAUAAGAGUAAGCAUACUUUAACGGCCCAUUGUGACUCUCAGAAGCAUCACAGACGUGGAUGUUACAAGAGCAGAGACGAGCAUUCUUGUUCAUCUGAAGAUUCUGAUAGAGACAGGGACGAUCAGAGCAGAAAGGCCAAACAAAAGCAUCCCAUGCGUGAUAGGAGUAAACACAGUAAAAGGUGGUAUUCUUAUUCAUCUGAGCCUAAGGAUUCUGGUUCUGAUGGGUAUCACAGAAGUCAAAAGAGCAGGAGAUGAGGCUAAAAAAGCAAAAAUGGCAGGUACGAACAUUCUUGUUCGUCCGCCGAUUCUGAUCAUCGCAGACAUCUUAGAGUGUAAGGAGUGGCCACUGGCGCUUGACAUUCUUGGCAACUGUUUUUAGUACCCCAGGAAACGAGAGCGAGCGCAUGUCGAAGGUUGAUUCAGCGAAUGAGAGAAAAAAGUCUCACAAUUGAAUGUAAAAGUUAUGUACCUUUUUUUUUUUUUAAUAUCAGGAGUGUUUAGAAUCUCGUACAAUUCCUGCCUUACCACCUGAUAAACUCGUUGAUUAAAAUAAUUUGAUGACAAAGAUCCAUUAUUUGAUAAUUA